GCAAGAGCAUAAAGGAAAAGGUGGUUCACUAUUAUGAGUGGUGUGCCCACCUGUAGUUUCGAAUGCUCUGCUCAAUGCUUUUACAGAGCACUUAAAAAGCUACACAAGUGCGCUUCUCCUUCCCUGAAUGAAUAAAUAAAUAAAUAAACAAAUCAUUCCACUCACCCUUUUUAGUUUUUACCCCCCGAACGCUUCAUAGAUUUCCAGAAUCCCAACACACACGCUCCCUCCCUCCCUCUCUCUCUCUCUCUCUCUCUCUGGAUAUGACCAUUACCAUUACCAUUACCACCACCACUAGUACUAGCACCAAUCUCUCUCGAGAGCUCAACCUCCGUCAUCGGAUUCCCACAUCUCUCUGCAGCAAUGGCUUCUUCGACGGGUUCUGCGUCUGGGGUUCAGCGCCAGGACAUCCGAGCCGCCAUUGCCAAAGCCGUGGAGCUCAGGGCCCUCCACGCCGCGCUUCUCCACGGGAGCGCUUCUAGCCCCGCGCUUCUGCGGCUCCCGAACGGGGCUUCCCCCUCGCUCUCUAGGGUUCCCAACCAGUUCUCCGCCGAGGAGUACCCGGUCUUCACCCCGAGUUAUGAAGAGGAACCCUUACCUGCAUUAAACUACAUCCGUCCAGAGAACCACAGCUUAUCGGAAAUUUGGAGUGGUAUUGGGUUGGAAGGAGAAGGUGGAGAUGACGAAUCAGUUUCCUCGGAUUUCAAAAAUGCAAGUAAUUUUAGUGAGUCGCAGAUUUGUUUUCCAAGUGAGCCCUUGUCAAACAGAACCUCAUGCAUAAACCACACUGUCCCCUUGCAAACUGCUCCUUCGGCUGAUAGUAAUAGCAUCGUAAGGUCUUCUAGUAGGAGGACCAAUUCAGGUGACUUUAAACCAGUCACGACAUGCAAUACGUGCAAGCCGGCCACAAUCAGUAGGGGACCAGAGAGCGAUUACAAGAACCUCAAGGACAACAAUACAAAAGUGACAUUUUUCCCCAAUGUUCAGCCAUCCACGCAGUCAAAUGCAAAGCACAAGGGGCCGAUCCUUUCUUGGUUGUUCCCUAAAUCAAAGAAGAAACCGAAACCAAAUACUUCACCAAGUGCUGCAGAGUCCGAGAACAUGUCCCAGCUUUUGAAGGAAUGGGGAGUUUUUUCGAUUGAAUCCUUAAAGAAAGAGUUGCUUGAGGCCAAUGAGAAUAGGGAUGCUGCUCUUAGAGAGGUCACAGAGAUGAAAUCUUCACUGGGAGAAUUAACAGACAAGCUAGUGAGCUUGGAAUCGCACUGUAAAGAACUAAAGAAGGCUCUGAAACAAGCAGUUCAUGCAAAUAAUAAUAGCACCCAGCUUCCGGAUAAGCCCUACAUUUCGAGGAGAACAAAGUCCAUAGGCGGCAGCAUUGACAAUUCCAUGCCCGUGAGCCGUGAAGUGAUGGUCGAGGGCUUCUUGCAGAUAGUCUCAGAAGCUAGGCUUUCCGUGAAGCACCUUUGCAAAGCACUUAUCCACCAGAUCGAAGAAGCCGACUGCGAUCUGCUAGAGAAGCUAAAUUUGCUUAUCCAUCCACAUCAGAUUACGCCGAGCAACAAGUACUCGAAGGGCGUAUUGUAUCAUUUGGAAGCUCUCAUAAACCAAUCUCUCUAUCAGGACUUUGAAAACUGCACUUUCCAGACAAAUGGCUCCCCAAAAUUUUUGGACCCCAAGAAAGAUCGCCAAGAGAAAUUCUCGGCUUUCGUCGCACUUAGGAAUUUGAGUUGGAAUGAAGUAUUACAAAAGGGGACAAAGUUUUACAGUGAGGACUUCAGUAGGUUCUGUGAUCAAAAGAUGAAUUGCAUUGUUUCCGCUCUAAAUUGGUGUCGGCCUUGGCCGGAGCAGCUUCUCCAGUGCUUCUUUGUAGCGGCUAAAUGUAUUUGGUUGCUCCAUUUGCUGGCCUUUUCAUUCAACCCGCCCUUGGUGAUAUUGCGGGUUGACGAGGAUCGACAAUUCGACCCUAUCUAUAUGGAGAACAUUCUCUUAGAUAGUAGGGACAGAGCGCGGGCCCCCGAUCAAGUAAAGAUCAUGGUAAUGCCCGGAUUUUAUGUCCAUGAUAGGGUGCUUAGAUGCAGGGUUCUCUGCAGGUACCAUUCCAUGGCUUAGUAACUCGCAUCCAUUGACUUCAUCACCACCACAUCUAGCGGCCUCUAAUCUGUGUUUGAUCCCCAUGCUGUAAUUUUUUCCCCCCUUGUUUCUUUUUCUAUUGGGUAUAGUUGUGAGGGAAAAAGAAUUUAACAUUUGUGCUGUUCUUUCGUAUGUUCAGAAACUGGAAAGUGUGGUACUUCAGCUGACUAGCAUUUGUAACCAAUUGGAGUGUUAUAGUCUUGUAGAGUGAGGACAAUAUGGUAAAUGAUACAGAAUACCUUGUUGCUCUUCGUGUGCCAAAGUUGUAACAUAUCAUCGGCUAGAGGAGGCUCUUGUACAAUUUACAGGCUUGUUUGUCUAAUUAGUUAUCCUUUCAUAGUUGCUUCCUUGUUUGAUU